AUGGACUGGAGCAACGAGGACUGUUUAAAGAAAAUAAAGGAUUCCACUAAAACAGGAGCAGGAUCUGAAGAAAUUUACAAACCAUCGUGGUUUGCAUUUGAUGCCAUUCAUAGUUACAUGGGUGCUGUAUAUGAUUAUCGCCCGACAGUAUGUACUGAGAUUAGGGAAAGUGAGCAGAAAGAGGAAAGGUCGCAGUCACUUGAAAAUUACUCGGAGGAAUCUAAUACUGAAAGUCCACUUUUUUAUACAUCAAAUACAGAAAGACCUUUAUCUCGAGAUUCAAUUAGUCAGAGCGAAUCAGAUCCUUUCUCCAUUUCAAAGAGGAAACGAGGGGUGCAAGAUUGGUUGAUUGCGAAGAAACAGAUGGACAAGGCUUUUACCAUUAUUAAAAAUAGAUCUAAUCGUAAAGAAAAUGAAAAACAGUUGAAUAAGUGUGAUUUGUACGGCCAGCUUGUAUCUGAAAAGUUGAAACACUUACAUGAAGAUGACAGACUAGGUCUUAUGAAUGAAAUUGAUAAUCUUCUAUUCAAAUAUAUAAUGAAUGUCAAAAAACGAAACAGAUCUAGAACAACAUAUUUGCCAUCUACCCAGUUUGCAGUCAACAAUCAACCUGUAGUUACUUCACAAGGAGAUCUGUAUAAUACGCAAUCACUUUUAAAUUAUGAAUCGAUGGAAUCACAUCUGUUACCUCAGCAAAAUGCUCUAAACAAACAAUAG